AUGAUUCUAGAGAAAACAGUGCAAAGAUCAAGAAAAGAUUGGUCAAGAAAAUUAGAUGAUGCAUUGUGGGCAUACAGAACUGCUUUCAAAACACCGAUUGGCAUGUCUCCAUAUCGGUUGGUGUUUGGAAAGGCUUGUCAUAUGCCGGUGGAGUUAGAACAUAAAGCUUUAUGGGCCAUGAAGACUCUCAACAUGGAAUUAAAAGCUGCAGGAGAGAAAAGGUUACUACAAUUGAAUGAACUAGAGGAGUUUCGUAAUGAAGCCUAUGAGAAUGCAAAAAUCUACAAGGAGAGAACUAAGAAGUGA